GGUUCCUACCUCACGGCUAAUCGAUUAGGACUUCCGCCACAGGCCAGGGCGAAUUGGAGCCUGAGAGGGAGUGCCUUUCCAUCCACAUUGGCCAAGCUGGCGUCCAGAUUGGGGAUGCUUGCUGGGAACUCUAUUGCCUGGAACAUGGAAUCCAGCCAGAUGGCGCUGUUCUCAGUAGUAGAAAGGAUCAGCUGGAAAGUGGGAACAUGGAGCACAUGGAUGCAUCUUUCAAUACCUUCUUUUGUGAGACGAGAGCUGGGAAGCACGUGCCCAGAGCACUCCUCAUGGAUCUGGAUCCCGCUGUUAUAGAUGGGAUUCGAGCCAGCCAGCGCCGCUCACUUUUCCACCCAGAGCAGCUCGUCAGUGGGAAGGAAGACGCCGCAAACAACUAUGCCCGCGGUCGCUACUCUGUGGGGUCCGAGAUCAUCGACCUUGUGCUCGAGAGGAUCCGAAAGCUGGCAGAGCAGUGCAGUGGACUUCAGGGAUUUUUGAUUUUCCGAAGCUUUGGAGGAGGCACUGGAUCAGGAUUUACAUCUCUCUUAAUGGAGCAGCUCUCGAUAGAAUACAACAGGAAGACGAAAUUGGAGUUCUCUGUCUAUCCAGCCCCCCGGAUCUCCACCGCUGUUGUGGAGCCUUACAACUCCGUCCUCACCACGCACACCACCCUGGAACACUCAGACUGCACAUUCAUGGUGGACAACGAGGCCAUCUAUGACAUCUGCCACCAUAAACUCGGUGUCGAGCGUCCCUCUUACGCCAGCAUUAAUAGGCUGAUAGGCCAGGCGGUAUCUUGCAUUACUGCUUCUCUCCGGUUUGAGGGGCCCUUGAAUGUGGACCUCAUUGAAUUCCAGACCAACCUUGUCCCUUAUCCAAGAAUACAUUUCCCCAUGACAACCUUGGCCCCCAUCAUCUCUGCUGACCACGCCUACCAUGAGGAGCUCUCUGUGUCCGACAUCACUGCUGCUUGCUUUGACUUCUCCAAUCAGCUGGUCAAGUGUGACCCUCGGCUGGGGAAGUACAUGGCCUGCUGCCUACUGUACAGAGGGGAUGUGGUCCCCAAAGACGUGAAUGCAGCCAUCGCAGCCAUGAAGUCAAGGAACUCUGUGCAGUUUGUGGAUUGGUGUCCGACUGGUUUCAAGGUGGGCAUCAACAACCAGCCACCCAUGGUGAUGCCAGGAGGGGACCUGGCCAAGAUCCAGCGGGCUGUGUGUAUGAUGAGCAACACCACGGCUGUCGGGGAGGCCUGGGCCCGCCUGGACCACAAGUUCGACCUCAUGUAUGCCAAGAGGGCGUUUCUGCAUUGGUACAGCAAGGAAGGCAUGGAGGAAGGCGAGUUCUCAGAGGCCAGGGAAGACUUGGCCGCUCUGGAGAAGGAUUAUGAAGAAAUGGGGCAAAGUUUCUGAUGGAAAUGUGGCCAAGGAGAGUAAGCGUUAAGU